AUGGGCGGCAUUCUCCCUCUCGUUUCAUUUGGGGCUCUGGUUCUUGCUUCUACCACAGCGAGCACCCCUACCGGCUCCGCUACGACCCUAACCACCAAGCUAUGCGUCCAACUCCAGAUUCCAGUCCAUGUGGUGGCCACCAACUACCACUAUGACCAACCCCGUGUUGAUAGCAGUAUUGACGCCAUGGACUGGACCGUGAAUGUUACUACUUGGAGCAGUUCCAACUUCACUGAACGUAUUACUGAACGCGUGGAUGUUAACAAAACAUUCAAUAUCGGUGCGCAAUUGUGCGUGCCGUCCCGGAAGACCAGUAAAGCAGGCAUUUUGCAAAUCGCAACCCCUGGGCUUGGGUUUGGCAAAGAAUACUUCGACGUAGAGGUUGAUCCACAGCAGUACUCCUACGUUGAUGCCGCUAUCAACAAGGGUUACUCCGUCCUUUCUUACGACCGACUUGGCACCGGUGCAUCUGAGAAGCCAAAUGCUUAUGACGAUGUUCAGAUUCCAGUGGAAAUUGAAAUCUUGGCAGGCCUGACUAAAAUCGCCCGCGGUGGAAAGCUGUUGAGUUCCUCCAAUGCAUCGUCAGCCAUCAGCAACGCAAGCGCCAAGUUCGACUUCGUACCUACCAAAAUUGUCCAUAUCGGCCACUCGUUCGGCUCAUAUAUAAACUCGCUCAUGCUUAUCAACUACCCCGAUAUCAUUGAUGGCGCUAUUUUUACAGGCCUUUACCCUAACAGCAUAGAAGCCACCAACCCGCUCAACGUCUUGAAUUACAAUCACGCAUUCGCUAAAGAGAGCGACCCCGUCCGUUUUGCCAAAUAUGGCUCGGGUUAUUUCGUUUUGGAUAAUGAGGAAACUCUCCAGAAGCUGUUUUUCCAAAAGGCCACUCUGGACCCAGCUCUGCUUACUUAUGCCGACAGCAUAAAGCAACCCGAGGCCAUAGGCGAGUACUCAUCCGAAGAUGACAACCCGCUUGCACCCGCACCCGAUUACAAAGGCCCGUUAAUGUUUUUUGUUGGCGAGUUUGAUAACUUCAUCUGUAAUGGCAAUUGCAGCGGUAUCUACAGCGAAGCCUUUGCUCGCCAGAUUUAUCCAGGCGUGGGCGUAGACGACCUUAUCUAUUACCUGCAGCCCAAUACAGGUCAUGCCUCAAUGUUGUCGACAAAUGCUUCCGCUGGCUAUGAGGUUAUGCUAGGGUUCUUGGAUUCUCGAGGGUUGUAA